UACUCCCUACUCAUUCUAUUAAUUAUCCCUUCGCGUAGCCGAUGCGUUUGGCCUCAGACCACGCGGGGGCGGGCUCCCUCUCUGUCGACGUACGGGCCCAAACGGUCGAGGGCGGCCAAGGCGGAAACCCCGUCUGAAAUAGAAAUAGCAUCCCGGGAGAUUCGUUCCUUGCAGCGGUCUCGUCCUCAGCCGAGCCUGUUCCCGCUCGCGCGCUGGCCCCUCCCCAGCCCUCUCUCCACGAAGGCCGCUGUCCCUCUAGACGCCGCCGGCCACGCUCUCGGACUUGAGCAAGCGAUGACGGCGUUUCCUGGCCUUCUUCUGGCGGCGGGGGCGGGCGGCGAGCGGGUUGCGGCACGGCUCCGGCGGGCCGGCGGCGGCGACCGCGAAGUUCUGCAGGACCUUCUGCUUCGCGUCCUCAGCGAGACGCGCGGCCUCGAGGGUCGCGGCGGCGGCACGGUUCGCGGCGGCGGCGACGAGGCGCGCGCGCGUGGCGACCGCGGCUGCCUUGUCCGCUGCCUGGCUCGCGGCCCUGGCCUCCCGUUCAGCCCGGUCCGCCGCCUCCCGGAUCAGCCCCAGGUACUUGGAGGCCUGCUCCUCGGGCGGUAGGGUGCCCCAACGCCUGCUCACGCUGCGCAAGGGCGAGGGAGAAGGCGAGGACGAGGACGAGGACGAGAGGCUGCUGGAGUCGGCGUCACUACUAAUAAUGUACGGCUGGUACGGGAUCCCGGCCCGAGACAU